UCAGACUAUAUUAUGAAGCGGUGCUCCAAAAGUAUAGAAAAAUGUUCAUUUUCGUGAUAAGUGUGUUUUUGACUGUGUUUGCAUUCUAUUCGUAUUUAACAUGGAAUUUUGAUUAUUGGAGGCGUCGCCGAGUGGCUGGUCCCACUCCACGAUCGUAUGUUGGUACAUUUCCGAAAACGGCACUAUUCGACAAAAACUCAAAUUACAUUGAAGAAACCACCGAAAUUUACAAACAGUACUUUCGCAGGCAUCGAUUUAUUGGAGUGUUUGAAUUUCGUUCGCCAAAAUUAUUAGUCUUAGAUCCAAUUUUAGUGAAGGAUAUAUAUACAAAAUAUUUCAAAAAUUUUGGUGAAAAUUCAUUAAGCGAUGCGAUAACCCGAAGUGCCGAUCCGUUGUUUAAACCGAAUCCGUUCAUCGAUAAAUUGAAGCUAUGGAAAGAACGACGCUUAGAAUUAGCUCCGGCUUAUACACUAUUGAAGGCCAAAGCAAUGUAUUCAGCUGUAGAAAAUGCAUGCCGUCAACUGGAACAUUAUAUUAACGGCAAAAUUGAAUCGAACCAAAAUAUUGUUUCGUCGAAAGAUAUAUGUUCACGUGUAAUAGCCGAUAUAUUGGGAAAUGUGAUAUUUGGAUUGGAUGCAAAAGCAUUCGAUGAAAAAUCUGAUUUUGUUGAAAAAUCGCUCCGAAUGUUUUACACAACACCGUAUGAUAAUAUUCGAUUUAUCAUUUACACGAUAUUUCCAUGGCUGAGAAAAGUUUAUCCCGAUCAAUUUACAUCAACCGAAUUUACAAGUUGGUUUAAAAAUCUAUUUGAUCAAGCUGUUUGUUUGCGCAAGCAAAAUAAUAUUUCACGUGACGAUUACCUGAACUACUUGAUUGAAUUACGAAAUAAGAAAAAUACACCGAUGGAAGUGAUUUAUGCACACGCUUACACAUUCUUUUUGGAUGGAUUUGAAACCGUAUCUUACAUUCUCGGCAAAGCUGUAAAUUGCCUGGCCGAAAACAAGGAAUGCCAAACGAAAUUGAGAUCAGAGAUAAAAACAUAUGAACACGUCACCUUUGAGCAGCUUCAUCAGAUGCCUUAUUUGGACGCCAUUCUUAAUGAAACGACUCGAAUUAGUCCAUUUCCUUUUCCAAUUUGGAAAACAUGCACUGAAAGCAUUGACUUGACCGAUUUCGAUGGUCGAAGUGUACACAUCGAAAAGGGCGUUAGAAUUAUACUGCCAAUCAAUGCGCUUCAUAGUCACCCCGACUUUUAUGCCAAUCCAGAGAAAUUCGAUCCCGAUCGUUUCGAUGAGAGCACAGGAGGUACAAAGAAAUUAAAAGAUGCCGGUGUGUUUAAUCCAUUCGGGAAUGGACCGCGUCAAUGUCUAGGAAUCAAAAUUGCAAUAACUGAAAUCAAAGCUAUUCUCUAUACUCUGGUUAAUAAGUAUGAAUUUGAGUUAGAACCAAGUGACAACACACCAAGUUCACCGACUGGAAUGCUAUUUUUCUCUGAAAAUAAUGCGAAACUCCGAUUUAAACCAUGUUUAUGAUCACGAUACAAUGAUUGUCACAUUUUUUCUUUCUAGAAAGGAAAAAACAAUUUAAGUAACAGAAAUGUUGAUCAAACGUGUGUCAAGAUACAGAUAUAUAAACAAAUAAAGUAAAACUGCUCAAAACUGAA